UUCUUCUCUUGUGACAAUCCAGACAGAAAGGAAAAGCCUUUCUGAGUUCCAGCUGAGUUAUAAGGUGCUGUGAUGACAGAUCACUGUUGUUCUGGUACCAAAGGACCAACCGCAAGGAGGGAAAUGGAGUUAAGUUAACCAUUACCAGACUGACUCAGAUCAUUCCUGUCUUUGAAGCGGACAUUUGGUAAAUAUUUGGGGUUGUUGCGCCGCCAGGGACAAAGUUGGCGCAUGGAGAGGGACGAAGUUUCAUUUUUGCGCAGCGUCUUUUCUUUAUUUUCUUUGUUUUUGUCGCCACUGCGUGUCAACCAACGUCGCACGGCUUUUCGGACAACAAAGGAGAAGUAGCCCGAGUGCAGUUUUGACCCUUUCUAUCGCUGGCGCAUUAAGUUGAAGGCAGAGAACGAGACAAGUUGAGGACGCAUUACGUCGGGAGAGAUGGUGGACAGCAAACCUCUUCUUCAGGACAGACCACCCGCCUACAACACCGUCCCCGGGGCGUAUGAAUACGGCCCGCAGCAGCACAGCUAUGGGGCCAUCCCCCCUCCGGCCCCGCCGCCCUACCCCUACCCCGACGGCCCAGGGUACCCCUCAGCCCAAAUGGCCCCAGCUGUAUCCCAGCAGCCCUACGGUGGAACUUACACCAUCAUCCAACCGUCUGUAGUGGUGGUGGGAGGCUGCCCUGCCUGCAGAGUUGGUGUCCUGGAGGAUGACUUCACUUGUCUGGGGAUCUUGUGUGCCAUCUUCUUUUUCCCGCUUGGUAUCCUCUUCUGCUUCGCACUGCGUCAGAGAAGAUGUCCCAACUGUGGCGCCACCUUCGGCUAGAGGGACCAAACCACAGCUCAUGCACACGCUUGUGCUCCCCAUGCACACAAACACACACACACACACACACACACACACACACACACACACACACAUACAUACACAAACACAAACACACACACACACACACACACACACAAAAUCCAGAAUUUUUGUGUCUUUCAUUUUGUUAUCUUCUCUUAAUAUUGCACAUUGCUGUUGCCAUUCUGUUGUGUACAACAAAUGAUCAAGAUGAUAUUACUAUGAAUUAUGAUACGAGUUUUUAUUAGAGGCACGUGUAAAAAAAAAAAAAAAAAAUAAAUAAAUUUAAAAAAAAAUCAAUUUUCAUCUGCUAGUUUAGGAUAUAUUCUAGCAUAUGUUAGUGUCCAGCUGUUGUCAGUGCCUUCACUACAUGCUGAGUGAUCAUCAGAGAUUCCAUCAGUCAUUUCUUCUGUAGAUUUUUAGCUCAGUUAUCUGAGGAUCUGAGCAGAUUCCCUCAUGUUUUGUCAAGCCAGAAUUAACCGAGGCAUCUUUUUUUUUUUUUUUGUCUUUGCUGGCACAUUGCGUACAUAUUUUGGGUUAACAUUGUACUUAGUAACAUUGUACUCAUCACAGCAUCUGUGUAAAUCACUGAUAUAUUAGCUUUUUAAGGAAAUGCAUCCCUAUUUUGAAAUGUUUUGUUCUUUUUUUUGGCUCAGUGUGAAUGGAAUAUGACAUGGAAUAACACAACCAGUUUAAGAAGAUGUGUAAAGAUCCUUGGAUGUAAACUGUCCCAGCUGAAACAACGGACUUCUGUUUGACAGAAAGCCUGCAGCAUUUUGUUUAUUUUUGUUGGUAUUAUUUCUAGGGGCCAUAUUUGCACUGACCGUUUGUUUGAUGAUUAUUCUGCUAGGUUGUGUUUUUCCAGGGCCAAUGCAGACCUCAGGUACAUACAAUCUGAAAUGCCCUCGACUUUACAACCUCAAUCACUGUUUGACUAAGGACUUCUACUUUAAGAGGACUCUUGUAUUGAAGCGUGGACUUCUCCUUCAACGAGUGUCGCUUCAAGGACGCAUGCUGAGAGUGAAAGCCUCAGAAAUCUCUCAAUAAUGUGUAUAAUCUCUGGAUUUUUAUCUUAGUACGCUACUGUGUGACAAGUCGCCCAGCCCCAUUCCUCCCAGCCAGACAAUCAAUCGAGAAUGUCUAUGUCCCUGUUUCUGCAGUAUCUCCAUGUCUUCGUCUUCCAUCACAGCAAGAUGUUAUAUAAUUGUCCGCGGCAGAAGAAAAAAAAGAGAUAUAAGUGGGUGGGAGGGAUUUUAAAACGUCUUGCUUUAGAAAACACACUACGCACGCUCUUAUGAUUGAGGUUCUUACUUUUUAUAUAUGAGUUACUGUAAUUAAAAAUGAAUGCUACUCAA